UGUUGGGCUGUUGUUUUAUCUUUACCUUUUACAAUCCAUCAAUCUUCUUCGACUCUUCAUUCUUAAUUCAGACUCUGCUCUGUAAAAGAAAGUAGGCGUAGAAUUGAGGGGCAGCUACUUCCUCUUCUCUCUGAAGCCCUGCUACCGCAAUGAGGCUGCGCUGCCCCUCCUUCUUCAUCUCAUUCUGCUUCCUCGGCUUUCUCCUUUUCCAGGCUGCCGUCGCCGGCCCUACUAGAUCCGGUAAUGUCUCCCCUAUAGCGACCCGCGGCCGCGCCCUCGCCGCCAAGGCCCCUGCCGCCCCGGAUGCGCCCGUCAACCUCACGUCCCUGAUGGCCAGAAAGGGAUGCGCCACCUUCGCCAACCUACUCAGCUCCACCGCCGACGCGGCGCAGACGUUCGCCGGCAGCGUCGACGGCGGCCUCACCGCCUUCUGCCCCCUCGACCAGGCCAUGAAGCCUUUUCUCCCCACCUUCAAGAACCUCACCCCCGACGCCAAGCUCUCGCUGCUGCUCUACCACGCCGUGCCCGUCUACUACUCCGUCGCUACCCUCCGAACCGGCAACGGCGUCGUCAACACGCUCGCCACCGACGGGACGGCGAGGAACUACAACCUCACGGUCCAGAACGAGGGCCAGCAGGUGACCCUCAAGACGCGAUUCACUGUCGCCACCAUCACCGCCACGCUCAUCGACAAGGAUCCGCUCGCCGUCUACGCCAUCGACGAGGUCCUUCGGCCGGCGGAGAUAUUCAAGCCCACCGAGGCGCCGGCCCCGGCACCGGCGCCCGAGGCCCCCAAGAAGAAGAAGAAGACCCCUCGAACAGCGAAGUCAAAAAAGGCGUUACCGCCGGCCGGGCCGCAGGAGCAGCCUGCGGAUCAGACGGCCGCCGAUCAGAGCGCCGCAGCAAGGAAUGGGUUGUCGGUGGUGGUGAACAUGGCCGUGACGGCCGCAGCACUGCUGAUGGCAGCUUAGCUCGCUCUCUUCUUCUUCAUUUCGUCUACUUUUGUCAUGUUUAGCGAGUUCGAUAUCUGUUGGCUUGCUUUUGUUCGAUAUGUCUUCCUCCCUCUCUUCUUCUUCUUCUUUUUUUUUUUUUUUCAUUAUUCUUGAUGUUACUGAUUAUUAUCGCUUCAUCUGUACUGAAUCAUGUCUCUGAUUGCACUGGUAAAUUGAUUGAUCUGUGUGAAAUUUUAUUUAAGAAUAAAUAUUAAUUCCCUUCUAGAGUUUA